AUGACUGCUGAUUUAGUUAUUUGCAAUACCGAAAUACUCAAGUCUUUAGUAUCACAAGUGUUCGAGACUAGCAUCAAGAAGCAGUACUGGGUCUUGACGCUAUGCAAAGUGUCUCAGUUGCUGGGACAAGCUGCGAAAUAUCUGGAUAAGACAGAAACGCUCGGCCAGGAGAAGCUAUUGGAGUCCUCAUACAUGAACUACGCUGCUGGAUGCUUCUACAUAUACUUGUUAGUUCCAAAUGCAAACCAAUUUCAGCUGGAGGACACUGAAUAUGGCACCUACUUGCAACUUAAAAACAAUUACCUAGUGAAAGGUGAAGGUGAUUUGACAUUUCAAUACCUGUUGGACAGGGUUAGAGAGAAGUGCAGAACCAGCCAAACAUUAGAAAUGAAUAAAAAUAGAAACUCAGGAAACUUUAGUGUAAAGCUAAGUCAAAAGGCGAAUUCAUGUUGCGAUCUUUCUACAGUGGAGGACAAAUCGCAAAAUACAAGUACUGAUUCUUCAGGCUCUUCAUUAGAGUGUUCAGAUUCGAAAUCUGCUCUAGCAAAGUCGCCCAUAGAUAUCGAUCAUGAUUCUAAACAGUAUACAUUACCGAUUAUCAUUAACGCGAUAACAGAAGAACAAAAGUUAUCUGUCUUUGGUAUUCGAAAUAUGGGGAACACCUGUUACAUGAAUAGCAUGCUACAAUGUCUGUUUGGCAGCACACAAUUUCGAGACCUAUUCCUCACUGAUAAAUUUGAGAUGUUCAAAGCAGAGACAAACUCUGAAUCCUUAUCAAUUGCGAAUGAUUUAAGUCUGCUAUUUAAGAAAAUGUACCAAAACGGCGGCUGUGCCAUCAUACCGAAGUCCUUUAUGGAAACAUGCAAAAGACUAAGACCUGAUUUCAAAAUACCUCAUUGUCAACAAGAUACACAAGAAUUCUUGAUGUUUGUGUUAGAGAGAUUACGAGUAGAACUUGCUAACACUUCUGCAACCGUUAAAGACCGUUCCCUUAUAGCGUCAAGAAGCAACAAUCGUUAUUUGAAAAAAAAUAAGAAUUAUCUGCGUUGGUACAAUGAAAUGAUUAGUAGGAAUAAUUUAUCGCCAAUUGAUCUUUUAUUUAGAGGUGAUGUUGAGAGUAAGCUAAUCUGUAAACACUGUAACGAAUCAGCUAGUACUUUCUCCUCUUUUUAUAUCCUGUCUUUAAACAUACCCAAGGAAAAAUCUUCACUGUUCUUCAAGUCAAAAACCAUAAGGCUUGAGGACUGUAUAAACCUGUUCACAAGAAAAGAAAUAUUAACUGGUGAAAAUUCAUGGGCCUGUCCUAGUUGCGAGACGAAAGCUAGAUACAACGUUAUAGAUAAUGAUAAGACGUAUCAACAAAAGCACACAAAUAUUGGAAAACACUCCAAAUUUCCCAGAUUUUUUUCUCAUAUUGAAGCAGGUAAAACCGAGAGAAAUUCCGGCGCUAAUAAAUUCUCUCAAUUGAAAUAUGAUAAUUUAGAAAAUGAACAAAGACACAGACAACAAAAAAAAUCAGAAACAAUAUUGUCUGUAAGCUUUGUUUCUUUGCCCCCAAUAUUGGUGAUCCAUUUAUCUCGAUUUUGCUAUGAUAUUUCAAAAAAAAAUACAUCAAAUAUAUCAUAUCCAAUGAGCCUGACAGUAGAAACGUUAGAUAAUAGUUCAGUAACUUAUAGACUUUAUGGAACUAUAAACCAUAUAGGUAGUCCUAGAGGUGGGCACUACACAGCAUUGGUAAAUAAGGAAAAAAAUCAUUUUACAGACUUAGAAUUGCAGAAGUGGGUUGAGUUUGAUGACGAUUUGGUUUUUAACCGUACAGACUUUUUCAAAUCAAAAACUGAAAUAAACUCCAUAACAAAUAAUGAUGCAUAUGUAUUAUUUUAUGAGCGCAUUUAA